CCGCCGAGGAAACGAUCAACCAUCGCAACAUGGCGGAUAGCGGCGUGGAAACAAACGUCACGGUGGACGUCCAGCCGUCUCUGACGAUCAAGACGUCCGUGACCAUCUAUUUUACCAUCUUCGCCAUUGCAUGGAUCAUCUUCCUGUACUUGCAAAAGCGCAAGCCGACGAUCUACGCAUGCCGCAAUGAGAGCACCGAGACCGCGUCUGUCGCAGUAGACACGGGCACCAUGUUUGGAUGGAUCAAGCCUACGUGGACGACCAGCGACGAAGUGCUGUUUGAGUUCUGUGGUCUGGACACGCUCAUCUUCCUGCGCGUACUAGCUCUCGGACGGAAACUCGCGCUCUUUGGCGUGUUGCUGAGUGCCGCGUUGUUUCCCCUCUAUGCCACGGGCACAAACCCCGACGAAGCCGCCGGUCGUCGCAAGGAAAUCGAUCCCUUGGAGCGCAUCACCAUGUCCAACUUGAGUAACGGUGAGCCGCGGCUGUGGGCGUCCGUGGCUGCGAUGUACUUCAUGACGUUCUACGCCAUGUACUUGUUCCGUACCGAAUAUCGGUACUACGUGAAGCGUCGCCAUCAAUUCCUUAGUCGCGACGACCCCCAGCAGUAUACCAUUUUGAUCAACGACUUGCCGAUGAGCCUGCGCACCCCGCAUACGCUCAAGUACUACAUGGACUACUUGUUUCCGCAAGAUGUCCAAGGCGUGACCGUGGCCGUUGAGUGCGCAGACUUGGAGAAGUCCGUGGCGAAGCGCGAGAGGACGCGCAACUCGUUGGAGCAUGCGAUGGCUGUGUCGGCGCAGACUGGCACACGUCCGACGUAUCGGCCCAAGAAGGAAUUGCAAAAAGAGUAUGACGCGAUCGAUUAUUUCACGGAAAAAUUGUCCAAAUUGAACAGAAAGGUGUACGAAAAGUACCAGUUUUUGGUGGAAAAGCAACAAGAAUUGGAAGCCGAGUGCAUUGCCACGGGCGUGGACAAGGCUGCCUUUGCGUCGGCGGCGCCCGUGUCAUCUGUCGACGACGAAAGCAGCAGCCAAAUUGCGCUGAACGAAGCGCUGCACCGCCAUAUUAAAGAUGGCAUCACGCGCAGCUCGGCAUUUGUGAGUUUUACGUCGCUACAGACGGCGCAAACGGCCCAGCAGAUUUUGCAGACGGAAAACCCCCUGGAAAUGGAAAUCGUGGCGGCGCCGCAGCCCGAUGACAUUGUGUGGGAAAACAUUGGCCGGUCCAAGCAAGAAAAGGAUUCCUGGCGCUUGAUCUCGACGGCGAUUUCCACCGCUGUGAUUCUCUUUUGGACGAUCCCGACGGCGGCGGUGGUUGCGUUUUCGACGGUGGAGAACCUGCAGCUCAACUACCCCGGGCUCAAGUCAUUUUUUGAAAAGUACCCGUGGAUGAUUCAAGUGUUCAAGCAGAUCAGUCCAUUGGGGCUGGCCGUCAUGACGGCACUGGCGCCCAUGAUCAUGACGUACCUAAGCAAGCGCGAAGGCCACCCUAGCGGCGCGCAGGUCAAGGGGUCGACGUUUACCAAGCUCGUGUACUUUCAGACAUUCCAAAUCUUCUUUGUGUCUGUGAUUGCGGGGUCGCUCAUCGAGUCGCUGUCGAAAGUGCUGGACCAGCCGCAGCUGCUUGUCAAGAUGCUCGGCACGUCCAUUCCCGCCCAAGCGACCAUGUUUAUGUCUUACUUGAUUGUCAAGAUUGGCGUCGAUCUCGACGUGGAACUGCUCCGUGUGAUGCCGCUGAUCCUGGGCUUUGUGUACAAGCUAUUUGCGCCCAAAGUAACGGCCCGCGAGCGCUCGUCGCCGUGGUUUGGACUGCGUCCGGCGUCGUUUGCCGGUGAUUUUGACACGGGGGGCGCUCUGCCCGACUAUUUCCUGGCGCUGCUGCUUGUGGUGACGUUUUGUGCCAUCGCGCCGCUGCUCAACUACUUUGCGCUGGUGUACUUUAUCGUGGCCGAGCUCGUGUUUCGUCGCCAAGUGCUGUACGUGUACGAUCCGUCGCCGCACUCGUCGGGCGUGUAUUGGCCCCGUCUGCAUACGUUUUUGGUGGGCGCGCUGCUGCUGUCCCAGGUGACGUUUCUCGGCAUGAUUUCGCUCAAGAUUGCGCCGGGUCCCAUCGCCGCCGCCACGGCGCUGCCGUUCGUGUCGGCCGUGUACUAUUUGUACAUUGAAGGCAUCUUUCCGAGGUCGGCCAAGAACCUGCCGCUGUUUUCAUGCGCCCGCCUCGACAAGCAACGCGCUGGCCACGUGUUUGCAAACCUCUCGGCCGCGUUUGUCCAGCCCGCGCUCACUGCGAGCGACCCGAUCAAACCAGAUUACAGCGAACUGGCUACCAACGUCCAAGACCACCCCCACACGUCGACCUCGAACGGCGACGAAGAAGACGGGUUAAGUCGCAGUACCGCCAAGGACAAGAGCAUGAAGGGGUUUCACAUUUAGUUAGCCAAGGGGGGGGGUUGGUUGGGGUGUGUUUGUUUUACGUGACGAGGACGGCAGCAGAUAGAGGCUGGCUGGCCGUACGUACGUAUUCUAUGCGUUGAAAUGAGAAGGAAGAUUGCCAGGACGGCUCGUUUCCCCCACAAUUUGUAUAGACCCCGCACGCCGCCUCGGCCGCUGGUUGUUGAUGUAUAUCAUAUACUAGUAGACUUGUACAUAAUAUAUACAUAUGGUAACCUGUUGAGGUUGGUCACGAGCC